AUGGUGCGCAGAAGCUCUGGGAUGAGCAGACCAUUCGUGAUUGCCACGGCCUUGGGCCCAGUGUUCACGCUGAUAAGGGGGCUGCCACCGGGAGUGGGUCUGCCGGAAGAUGCCGUCCGGGACGUGGUUGACCGCCUGUCUCACCUGGAGAGGCUGGAUCCCAAUGUAGAGCUCAACAGGUCGCUGGUGCAUGCAUUCUUGUUCGUGACAUGGAUUGAGGUCAAGACGCUGUUCAAGCAUUGCACAGAUGAUUAUGCCAUUGUGUCGCGAUACAGCCUGUCAACAGAUUGGUAUGCAACCUUGUUGAAAACGCACCACUUUGAGGAUCAUCUGGCUGAGUCCCUAUUUUGGCUACCUGACUUCCCAAAUAGUGCACUAUCCCUCCUCAAGGCACUGAUGGCUUCAGAAUCAUCGUUAGCAGUCCCAUUGUUCAACGCUCUGUUCAAACACAAACUGGUGCAGGCCCUGCAACACUGCAGGCUGGCCAUGUCAACUGGCGCAGAUUCGCGCACUUCAUUGCAUAUGCUAGACAACAAUGGAGGUGAGAGUGGUGGCCCAGCAGAGGGAAUGACAUCCAGCAGUGAUUCGGCCCUUUGCCAUAUGUUGUGCAAAGAGGAGUGCACAGCUUCUGUGCAGACAAAGAAUGUCAGCUUUCGUCAACCAAGGACAGUGUCCCCAUCGACCCCCAAAGGCAUGGAAGAAGAGAAGUGUUCUAAAGAGUCCACAGAUCAACUUGUAGGUGAUGGAAGUGGCAGCAGGUUUCAAACAUGCAGCACAGGUUUGUGGGUUCAAAGGGACAGCAAACAAGAAUGGACACUGCCUGAUUUUGGCAUCCUCUUGCCUGAAUUGGCACCUGCUUUAGGGGCGUCUGCUGAUUGCACGGUGUCUGCUUGCGACCAGGCAAAAUGCCUCUUGAUUUUGGCAGAACUAGCUCGAAAUGAGUUUGAAAAGGCCGUGCAGGUGGGCACCUUGGACAAUAACAAUAUUGCACAUACUGGUCCAUCGAUUUCUGAAUUAUCAGAUUGUCAGGCGUCAUGGGAGUUGGGCACUUUCACCUUCUGCAUAGUGUCCCUACUUCAGACCAUGCUGGAAUCAUGGCAGGCUGGAAGGCUCCUCAACAGAAGUGCACUAAAUGCGACUCCCCCCAUUCCAGAGCUGGGACGUUGGCGUUUGCUGGUCCACAGAGGACUUGAGGAGGCUUGCGAAGCACUGAAGGCGCUGAUGGCAAGGGGGCACCUGGGCACAGGUCACCCGGCUGUUGGUGCACAGUGGUUUCAGAGCUGUUGCCACCUGCGCGCAAGGCUCGAUCUACUGCUGAUGUGCUGGGAAGCCAACGGUGACAUCCAUGGUGACUGCCAAGGCCACACACCUGACAUGACCAGAAUCGAUAAGAUGGAUGGAGUAGGGGUCCAGUUCUCAGAACGUCAACCCUGCAUGAUGGGAGAGGAAGCCGAAGGCAAGAGUUCUGUGCCAAUUAAAAGCACUGCUAGGUCUGAGAGACGGCCACAGAACAGCGGAAAGGGGCGAUUGCAGCUGCUCAGUGUGCCCAAAGAGAGCAAUUUUGUGGAGACAAUCAUGAAAUUGGAAGCUUGGAACAGUACAGCUGGAGAUGUCGACAAUGGCAACAGGGGUAGUCUAUCAUCUGAGAGUUCGUACUGCAGGAGGGUUGGGCAGCUGGAAUUUGCUGAUUCCCAGUUGCUCGCUUGGGCAUCAGUGUUCAUAACCCCGGGCUGUCCAUGUUGGGGUCCGUUCAUGCAGCACUGGGCCAUUGCAUCCAAAAUCAGGCUGGGCACCUACAACCCUUUCCUUCUUGGUGCAGCUCUCUUGGACAUGCUCUACAAUGCAGUGCAUGCAGUAGCAGGUGGCUUGGCAAGCGCACUGGCCAGAAUUUCAGUGCUGGUGCUAAGGGGCGUGGAGCACCGGGAUGAACAGGACACACUCAUGCGUGCAACCAUUGCUGAUGAGAGGACUGUGAGGGUGUGGGACUGGCUGAGGGAGGACCAACAGUUCCAUGAAAUGUCAAUACAAUCCCUCGUGGCAGGAAGCAAUCGGCUGAAGGGCAGUGGUGCUGUGAGAGGCGGCGUGGUGGUCGAUGCAGAAGAGCGUGCAGCUUGCCAGGCUCAGCUGUUGAGGGAUUUCCUCCCUUUUGCUUUGCUGGCUCCGAAGGAAACCAUCAAGCGCCUUCUGUUGGACACAAUAGCCAACCCAGGGCAGCUCCCAGUCAGUGUCGGGAUUUUACGCAGGCUGCGCACCGUUGCACUCUUCCGGUGUGGGAAGCAGCCUCUUUUGCUUCAUGUCCUGCAAGAGCUGAUGGAAAGUCCUGGGAAUGUGCUCGAAACAGCUCCACGGAGGGAGGCCCUUGCUGCAUUGGCAAAGCACAUAACAGGUGGUGCAGACCCACUGCUCUCCAGGAAACUGAUGAUGCGUGACCUAGUGAUCAGGACAGCAAAUCGCAUGCGUUCUCCAGCAGGGCUGGAGGCUCUCCUUUUAGUGGCGAUGGGCAUGAUGGACAUGGGCUGGGAAUCGAGCCCGUCUGAAUCACCAACCCUGGCAAUGGCCACUGCAUGGAAUGCUCUUGGCAGCGAAACAGCCACAGACUUUUUGCUUGUACUCUGCUACCUUGGGGAAGCUCAGCUGGCAAUGCUCACAACCGGGGCAGUCAAAGGCGACUCAUUCUCACUCGCUGCGUUGCAGCUUGUCACACAUUUGCUGGAACAAUGUUGCAUCACGAUCAGCAAGUCGCAUGGGUUUUCCUGUGGCCAGGAACCAAUGCAGGUCAACAAGUUGCUGGAGGGAUUGCAAGUGUUCAGCUGGCCAAUACGUAUCAGACUUUGGGCAGUGUGCUUGCACAUCGAUCAGAGCGCAACGUAUAACAUGGGAGACAUCGUACCAGCCUCUGCUCUUGGGAAUUUUGAGCCAGAUUCGACACAACAUGGAGGCGUCGAUGGGGAAACCUCCCAGACUGCAUAUGUGCAAAUCUCGUAUGCAUGGGUACAGUUGAUGAGCGAUCUGCUGUCGUUUGGAUCGGGAUCAGAGAUGCAUGCCAGCGCGCUGCAAGCAGCAUGUAGUCACGUUAAUAGAGAUGAGGAAUGCCGCCAUGACCGCACCACCUGUGAUCAGGCAGGGACUGAGCCUGCGUCAUUUGAUGGAGUGGUCCAACGGGACUUGUGCAUGGUUGCGACCCGGCUGGUCACGACCAUGCGUGCAUGCCCCAGCACUCUGUUUCCCUGGACUUUGGUGGUCGCUCUUGCUCACCUGCUCCCCAUUUGGACACAUUCCGAAGCCCAGCGCAUUACACUGCGCUGCCUCCCCGCACUCUUCACAAUCCUUGUUCCCCAGACGCAGCCUUUCCCGCCCCCAGCCAGCAACCUGAAAACCAGCACUAUGGCUGAGAUAAGCCGGAGCUGUCUCGUUGUCGAGACCAUGUGCCGUGUGGUGCACGUUCUGGCUGCUCGCCGUGAGGAAGUUUCAGUCGUGGGCCACUUGAGAGCCGUUGACCAGUGCAUCUCCCAUUUAGCACAGACGUGCUGGGUCUUGGUGGUCAGAGACAGAGACGCGGUGGGUGGCCUCAGGGACCCUGUGGGAAAGGAGAUGCUGUGUGGGAGAUGUUUUCGUGAAGUUUGUGGCCUUGCUGCAGUCCUGCAGGAGGGCUUUGAUUGUGUUGGCUUGCAGGCCCUCUUGUUGAACCUGAUGCAAACCAUGUGCGGUGCAAGCCGAGCAGCUGCAGCCCCCUCAUUGUCACCUUGCCCAGCGGAAGGUGACCAGCCACACAAUUCAAGAGCUGGCACCAGGGACGAAAUUGUCGCCCGGAGUGCCUGCGGAGUGCCACUGCGACUGUUGGUCCAGUGGCUUGUCUCGAUGGUGUCGAGGCUGAAGAGCCCAAUGAAGGAUGUGUUGAUUUCGGCUCUGGAUAGAUUUGUGGAGUUGCAGUGUCGGGAUGCCGGCUUGCACUGA